AUGGCAACAACUCCAGGCGACUAUGGAAGAGUUGUGAAGCAAAAGGGAGGAGGAGGAAGAAGAGAUUCGUAUGAGGAAGCGUUGGCUGCUUUGUCGUCUUUGAUAACGAAGCGAAGUCGUGCUGAUAAGAGUAACAAUGAGGAUCGCUUCGAGCUUGUCUUUGAUUAUCUUAAGUUACUUGAUCUGGAAGAUGACAUGUUAAAGAUGAAAGUUAUUCAUGUCGCUGGAACCAAAGGCAAGGUACAACACCAACUCCCUUUUCUGGAGAUGUUGUGUAAUAUUACACCAAGUAAUUGGUUUUUUUGUUUGUUUGACACCUGUUUGGGUUCUUUAAGGACAUUAGCGAGGAGAAAUUUUUUAUGUUAUUUCUGGUGGUGCUUUAACAGGCUUAAGGAGAGAACUAAUGAGGAAAUACCAAUGCCUACACAUUUCCGCUUCCUUGCGUUGCUAGCUUUUAAAAUAUUUGCUGCAGAAGAGGUAGAUGCCGCUAUAUUGGAGGUAGGAUUAGGUGGGAAGUUUGACGCCACCAAUGCGGUACAAACCUGUGGUGUGUGGCAGAAACCUGUGGUGUGUGGUAUUUCUUCACUUGGAUAUGACCACAUGCAAAUUCUAGGUGAUACACUUGGCAAAAUUGCUGGUGAGAAGGCUGGAAUUUUCAAGCUUGGAGUUCCAGCUUUCACAGUAGCCCAACCUGAUGAAGCCAUGCUUGUCCUUGAAGAGAAAGCUUCUGAAUUAGAUGUGAAUCUCGAAGUAGUGCAACCACUAACCGCAAGGCAGUUAAGUGGUCAGAAACUUGGGCUUGUUGGAGAGCACCAAUAUCUCAACGCUCGUCUAGCAGUUUCGCUUGCCUCUACUUGGCUUCAGCAAAUUGGUAAACUUGAAGUUCCCAGUUUGACUCAGAUGAGUAUUCUGCCUGAGCAAUUCAUCAAAGGGUUAGCUACAGCGAGUUUGCAAGGACGAGCACAGGUGGUCCCUGAUCAGUUUAUUGAAACUAGUACUUCAGGAGAUGUAGUAUUUUAUCUGGAUGGAGCUCACAGUCCAGAAAGCAUGGAAGUAUGCGCCAAAUUGUUUUCUAUGGCGGUUAAGGGAGACAACCAGUCAAACCUUUCAGAACAUUUGGUUAAUGGCUCCUCUCAUGAUAAAUUCUCGGGAGAAGAAAACUGCCAACAGAUAUUGCUAUUCAAUUGCAUGCCAGUUCGGGACCCAAAUCUGCUGCUUCCACAUCUAAGGAAAACAUGCGCAAACUACGGUGUCUGUUUCAAGAAGGCAUUGUUUGUACCAAACAUGUCGGUGUAUCCCAAGGUUGGUAAAGCGGCGGAUUUGCCAGAGAAUGAUCCACAGGUUGACUUGUCAUGGCAGUUGACACUUCAGAAAGUGUGGGAACGCCUUGUCAAUAGUGAAAGAGAAGGAGAACAAGAUAUAGGAAAUAAUGCUGAAAGUAGAAACAGUGAGGUGUUUACUUCACUACCAAUGGCAAUAAAAUGGUUAAGAAAAGUCAUUGUGGUCUGAACCAAUAUAAUAAACAUCGGCAAAAUAUGG